CGCGCCCCCCCGCCCGCACCAUGCUCAAGUGCAUCCCGCUGUGGCGCUGCAACCGGCACGUGGAGUCGGUGGACCGGCGGCACUGCUCGCUGCAGGCCGUGCCCGAGGAGAUCUACCGCUACAGCCGCAGCCUGGAGGAGCUGCUCCUGGACGCCAACCAGCUGCGCGAGCUGCCCAAGCCAUUUUUCCGCCUGCUAAACCUGCGUAAACUGGGCCUCAGUGACAACGAGAUCCAGCGCCUGCCUCCUGAGGUGGCCAACUUCAUGCAGUUGGUGGAGCUGGACGUGUCUCGGAACGACAUCCCCGAAAUCCCCGAAAGCAUAAAGUUUUGUAAGGCCUUGGAGAUUGCUGAUUUCAGCGGGAAUCCUCUGUCCAGGCUCCCUGACGGCUUCACUCAGCUGCGCAGCCUGGCUCACCUGGCCCUGAAUGACGUGUCCCUGCAGGCACUGCCAGGGGACGUGGGCAACCUCGCCAAUCUGGUCACCUUGGAACUCCGGGAGAACCUGCUCAAGUCCUUGCCUGCGUCCCUGUCCUUCCUGGUCAAGCUGGAACAGCUGGAUCUUGGAGGCAACGACCUGGAAGUGCUGCCUGACACCCUGGGGGCUUUGCCCAACCUUCGAGAACUGUGGCUGGACCGGAAUCAGCUGUCAGCACUGCCCCCAGAGCUCGGGAACCUGCGGCGCCUCGUGUGCCUGGAUGUGUCAGAGAACCGGUUGGAGGAGCUCCCUGCAGAGCUUGGUGGGCUGGCACUGCUCACGGACCUGCUGCUGUCCCAGAACCUGCUGCAGCGGCUACCUGACGGCAUUGGCCAGUUGAAGCAGCUGUCCAUCCUGAAGGUGGACCAAAACCGCCUGUGUGAGGUGACCGAGGCGAUCGGGGACUGUGAGAACUUGUCUGAGCUGAUCCUGACUGAGAACCUCCUGACGACCCUGCCUAGAUCUUUGGGAAAGCUGACCAAGCUGACCAACCUCAAUGCAGACCGGAACCGCCUGGAGGGGCUGCCGCCUGAGAUAGGCGGCUGUGCGGCGCUCAGCGUGCUCUCUUUGAGGGACAACCGCUUGGCCGUCCUGCCCCCUGAGCUUGCCCACACGGCUGAGCUGCAUGUGCUGGAUGUGGCCGGGAACCGGCUGCAGAGUCUGCCCUUCGCACUCACCCACCUCAAUCUCAAGGCCCUGUGGCUGGCGGAGAACCAGGCACAGCCCAUGCUGCGCUUCCAGACGGAGGAUGACGUCCAGACAGGCGAGAAGGUGCUCACCUGCUACUUGCUGCCCCAGCAGCCCUCACCUGGCCUUGAGGAUCCGGGGCAGCAGAGCAGCCCCUCAGAGGACUGGAGCGAUGCCCCACUGAGCCGUGUCAGCGUCAUCCAGUUCUUGGAGGCCCCCGUGGGCGACGAGGAUGCUGAGGAGGCCGCUUCUGAGACGCGAGGCCUGCAGCGCCGUGCCACGCCUCACCCCAGCGAGCUGAAGGUGAUGAAGAGGGGCAUUGAGGAGCGUCGGGGAGAGGUCCCCACUUGCAAGCCAGGCCCUGAGCCACCCUCGCCCACCGAGGAGGAGAAGAGGCUGAGCACUGAGUCUGGGCUGAGCGAAGCCUCGCACCCAUCCGCCAGCACUGGCUCCGCAGGGGAGCCUGAGAGCCCGCCGGCUGAGGAAGAGGACUUGGACCAGCAGGAGACCACUCCAGCCAGCCCAGAGGAGGACACAGAGGAGGCUUACGAGGAGCCUACAGUGCACUUCGCAGAGGACACAGUGUUGCCACAGAUGAACAGUGAGGACGAGGAGGGGCAGCUCGAGGCCCCCUGGCCCCUCCCGGGCGGGCGGCAACGGCUGAUCCGCAAGGACACGCCACACUACAAGAAGCACUUCAAGAUCUCCAAGCUGCCGCAGCCGGAGGCAGUUGUGGCCCUGCUGCAGGGGAUGCGGCCAGACGGGGAGGGCCAGGCUGCGCCUGGCAGCUGGCACAACGGCCCCCACGCGCCCUGGGCUUCUCAGGCUGAGGAGGAAGAGGAGCCUGAGGAAGAGGCCCAGGAGGAGGCCGCAGCCUCCGCACCGUCCGUCAAGGGGGUGUCGUUUGACCAGGCCAAUAACCUGCUGAUAGAGCCUGCCCGCAUUGAGGAAGAGGAGCUGACGCUCACCAUUGUGCGACAGACGGGGGGCCUGGGCAUCAGCAUUGCAGGGGGCAAGGGCUCCAGUCCCUACAAGGGAGAUGACGAGGGUGUAUUCAUCUCCCGCGUGUCAGAGGAGGGCCCCGCGGCCCGGGCCGGAGUCCGGGUGGGGGACAAGCUCCUGGAGGUGAAUGGCGUGGCCCUGCAGAGCGCAGAGCACCAUGAGGCCGUGGAGGCUCUGCGGGGGGCAGGGGCCACUGUGCAUAGAGAGAUAGUAUUGGAGCGGAUGGUGGAGCCCGAGAACGCCGUCACGGUCACGCCUCUGCGACCCGAGGAUGACUACAGCCCGCGGGAGAGGCGAGGGGGCAGCCUGCGCUUGCCCCUGCCCCUGCCCCAGCCUGAGGCCUCGGGGCCCCUGCGCCAGCGCCACGCUGCUUGCCUUCUGCGCAGCGAGAAGGGGCUGGGCUUCAGCAUUGCCGGUGGGAAAGGCUCCACUCCCUACCGGGCCGGCGAUGCGGGCAUCUUCAUUUCCCGCAUUGCAGAGGGUGGCGCUGCCCACCGGGCAGGCACCCUGCAGGUUGGCGACCGCGUCCUCUCGAUCAAUGGCGUGGACAUGACAGAGGCCCGGCACGACCACGCUGUGUCCCUGCUCACUGCAGCCUCACCCACCAUCGCUCUGCUGCUGGAGCGGGAGGCUGGGGCUCCCCUGUCCCCCAGCCCUCCCCCACACUCCCCACCACCCCCUGCUGCUGCCUCCAUCCCAACCACUGCCACUGCUGGGGAGGCUGGGCCACCAAGACUGUCCCCCAGCCUGCUAGCCACUGCCCUGGAGGGGCCCUAUCCAGUGGAGGAGAUCCGGCUGCCCAGAGCAGGGGGCCCACUGGGGCUCAGCAUCGUUGGGGGUUCUGAUCAUUCGAGCCACCCGUUUGGCGUCCAGGAGCCGGGUGUGUUCAUUUCCAAGGUGCUCCCAAGAGGUCUGGCUGCGCGCAAUGGCCUGCGGGUCGGGGACCGCAUCCUGGCGGUGAACGGCCAGGAUGUGCGGGAAGCCACACACCAGGAAGCGGUCAGCGCCCUGCUCCGGCCCUGCCUCGAGUUGCACUUGCUCGUGCGCAGGGACCCACCGCCCCCAGGCAUGAGGGAGCUCUGCAUCCAGAAGGCCCCUGGGGAGAAGCUGGGGAUCAGCAUCCGUGGGGGUGCCAAGGGCCACGCGGGGAACCCCUGUGACCCCACUGAUGAGGGCGUUUUCAUCUCCAAGGUGAGCCCCACGGGGGCAGCAGGCCGGGACGGCCGGCUGCGGGUGGGGCUGCGACUGCUGGAGGUAAACCAGCAGAGCCUGCUGGGCCUGACGCACUCCGAGGCCGUGCAGCUGCUGCGUAGCGUGGGCGACACCCUCACCGUGCUCGUCUGCGACGGCUUCGACACCAGCACCGCCACUGCUUUGGAGGUGUCCCCAGGUGUCAUCGCCAACCCUUUUGUGGCAGGCAUCGGCCGCCGGAACAGCCUUGAGAGUGUCUCCUCCAUUGACCGUGAGCUGAGCCCCGAGGGCCCUGGCAAGGACAAGGAGCUGGCCAGACAGACCCCACCACGGGAGCUGGAGGCCACAGAGGCCACGGGCCGGAGCCCAGAGCCGCUGAAGCUGGACUACCGUGCCCUGGCCGCAGUGCCCAGCGGUGGCAGCGUGCAGAGGGUGCCAUCAGGGGUCACUGGAACUUGGACCGAUGAGGCCCCCUGCUUUCCUGGCAGCCAGCAGCCGCCAUCCCCGCCCUCCCCAGACGAGCUGCCGGCCAACGUGAAGCAAGCCUACCGGACCUUCGCCGCCGUGCCCAUCACGCACCCCCCUGAUGAUGCCUCAGCCCAGCCCUCCACACCCGGGCCCGCGGCCUCCCCGGAGCAGCUGUCCUUUCGCGAGCGGCAGAAGUACUUCGAGCUGGAGGUGCGGGUGCCCCAGGCAGAGGGCCCGCCCAAGCGCGUGUCCCUGGUGGGCGCCGAUGACCUGCGCAAGAUGCAGGAGGAGGAGGCCCGCAAGCUGCAGCAGAAGAGGGCGCAGGUGCUGCGCGAGGAGGCCGCCACUACCGGGGAGCCGGAAACAGGGGUCGCCCUGGACGGGGAGGCCCUGGACGGGCAGGAGGAGGAGCCGCCCUGGGCCGGCCCGGGCCCUGCAGAAGGGCUCAGCUCAGCGUCCCCUCCAUCCCUGGGAGGCAGCGCCCCUGUGCGGACAGCCAAGGCUGAGCGGCGCCAUCAGGAGCGGCUGCGGGUGCAGAGCCCGGAACUGCCUAUACCUGAGCGGGCCCUGUCCCCCGCCGAGCGCCGGGCCCUGGAGGCAGAGAAGCGCGCGCUGUGGAGGGCGGCCAGAAUGAAGUCUCUGGAGCAGGAUGCUCUCCGUGCACAGAUGGUUCUCAGCAAGUCCCAAGAGGGCCGGGGCAAGCGUGGGCCCCUGGAGCGGCUGGCUGAAGCUCCCUCGCCUGCACCCACCCCCUCACCCACCCCCUUGGAAGACCUCGGCCUUCAGACCAGCAGCUCCCCUGGACGGCUGCUCUUGUCUGGAAAGAAGUUUGACUACAGGGUGUUUGCAGCCCUCCCUUCUUCCAGACCUGUCUAUGAAAUCCAGUCCCCGGGUUUUGCUGAGGAGCUGAGGUCUCUGGAAAAGUCUCCGAGCCCCGGUCCACAGGAGGAGGACGGAGAGGUGGCCCUGGUGCUUCUGGGCAGACCCUCGUCCGGUGCCUCCGGCCCUGAGGAGGUGACCCUUUGCAGUAGCCGCCGCCCCUUGCGGCCGGGACGCCGCGGCCUGGGCCCCGUGCCUUCCUAGAGGGGUCAGGCCACUGUGGGCCUCGCCUGUCCAGGGCAGGCCUCCCCGACUUGGGGUGGGGGUUCUGCCAGCUCCCAACACCACCCUUGCCCCGAGUCUUUUAACCUGGGUGUUAGCGUUUUAAAGAGACCCUUCAGGAGUUCUGGCCUCUGACUAACUCCCCCUCCCAAGCCGGGACCUCUUCUGGCGAGACUGUAACUAGUGAUGUUUGUACAACCAAAGACUCUAUUUUGUGGUUUAAGGAGAAUAAAGUUGACUACGUUUUA